AUGGAUCCGGCCACCGUUCAGGCCCAACCGGCAGAGGUAGAUAAUUCUAUUACCAAUGCGGAAAUGACUGCCCCUGCAGAGAGCGCUGUAACCGGGGUCCCCAGCACAGAUGCAGUUGAAGAACGUCCUUUGAAGAGGGCAAAAUUGGACGUGCCGGCCGCAUCCAAUGGUCGAACGGACACUGAGAUCUAUCCGAAGUCGAAGGGGAUUGCUCCUGUCAAACCCGAGUAUCUUGUUCAGGUUUCAACCAGUCAGGCGCCUGCUGCGGAAACCAGCCCUGAUGACGCUGCCGAAGCUGCUCGCCAUGAGGAGCAGGCAGGCGAGAAGAAAGGAAGGAAAAAAGCAUCUGGUCUGAACACGGCUCGUGACUUUGGAAGGUCAGAAGAUGUGAAGGGUCUAUGUUCCAGUCGAGCAUAUGCCCCAGAGUUCUCCCCGGGCCAAUGCUCCCACGGUGACAAAUGCCGCUACGAACAUGAUCUGCGGACCUACUUGAAGGAAUACAAGCGCGAAGAUCUGACAACCUUCAAUGGAUUAUGCCCUGUUUGGGAUGCUAAAGGCAAAUGCUAUUCUGGAUGGAGGUGCCGGUUUGUUGGCUCUCAUAUGACCGAGCGAGAAACGGCAGAUGGAAAGAAGGAACUGGUCUUAAUUGAGGAUGAAGAACGCAAGAAGAAAGUCGUUCCUCUUGUUCCAUACGCUACCCAGGAAGGCAUCGUUAAUGUCGUCUCGAUGGAUGACAAACUUGCUAUCAAGAAGAGGAAAAUAGGAACGCCCCGAACUGAUUCCUACCUGCCUUGGUUGGACAAGACAACUAAACAACUGGAAAAGAACCUCCACGGACGCCACGCAGAUGCCUCUGAAGAUUCUGAAUCCAGAGAAAAGCCAUCCAAAGAUGAAAUAGCUGACAAUCGAGCUCAAUAUACCGAACCACCUUUCUUGCCGUCGGAAAAGAGGCGGAUCUACUUUGGACCUGAGACUCCCGUUUUAGCACCCCUAACGACGCAGGGUAAUCUGCCCUUCCGAAGACUUUGCAUUGAACUUGGUGCGCAGUUCACAUACUCGGAGAUGGCCGUGAGCUUGCCGUUGGUUCAGGGAUCGAAGUCUGAGUGGGCAUUGGUGAAGGGGCACGAGUCAGAAAUGCUUCCACCAACCGUAGAUUCACAACGGAGCAUAGUGAAGAACUACGACAACUCCAAAGAUAUCAGGUUCGGUGCUCAGAUCGCAGCAGGCAAGCCAUGGCAGGCGGUGAAGGCCACGGAGCUGCUAUCAAAAUUCAGCCCUCAUCUCCGUGUUAUUGAUUUGAACUGUGGAUGCCCUAUAGAUUUAGUGUACCGCGAAGGAUCAGGCUCUGCUCUCCUCGACAAUCCUUCGAAACUUGAGAAGAUCCUGCGCGGCAUGAAUACCGUGUCGCAGGAAAUUCCAAUCACGGUUAAAAUCCGAAUGGGUACCAAGGACAAUUCCCCCAGUGCUCUCAAGCUCUGUGAACGUCUCUGUCUCGGAGGCUACGAAUCUAGCUUACUGGGGAUGGGAGCUCCUGGGGUUGCAGCCAUCACUCUCCAUGGACGGAGCAGACAGCAACGGUACACCAGGCAAGCAGAUUGGGGGUAUAUCUCGGAAUGUUCUGCUCUUAUCAAACGGUUGAAUGAACGGUCAGAUGAGGUUACCGACACGAUACGCGAGUCGGAUGCGCGAAAUCAGCCUAAUGGUGGGAAGAUCUACUUCCUUGGAAAUGGUGACUGUUACUCACACGUGGAUUACAACGAUCACAUCCAAAAUGCUGGCGUCGACUCUGUCAUGGUUGGUCGUGGAGCCUUGAUCAAACCCUGGAUUUUCGAAGAGAUACAGGCAGGCCAGUACCUUGACAAAUCGGCAUCGGAGCGUCUGUCGCUUAUAGAGAAAUUCGCAAAGUACGGUCUAGAAGUGUGGGGCUCCGAUGAGCAUGGAGUCGGGACAACUAGACGCUUCUUGCUUGAAUGGCUGAGCUUCACCUAUCGUUAUGUACCUAUUGGGAUACUCGAGUAUCUUCCUCCGAAUAUCCAGGACAGACCCCCAGCUUGGAGAGGCCGGAGCGAUCUGGAAACUCUCCUGGGAAGUAAUAACUACAAGGACUGGAUCAAGAUCACAGAAAUGUUCCUUGGGCCUGCGCACAAAGACUUCAAAUUCGAACCGAAGCACAAAUCCAACGCUUAUGAGGCUGAGGGUUGA